AUGUGGCGCCCCUCCUCCUUCUCCUCCAGCAGCAACAGCAACAUUAAGGGGGCCGGAAGCAACAGCAGCAGCAACAGCAACAUUAAGGGGGCCGGAAGCAACAGCAGCAGCAACAGCAACAUUAAGGGGGCCGGAAGCAACAGCAGCAGCAACAGCAACAUUAAGGGGGCCGGAAGCAACAGCAGCAGCAACAGCAACAUUAAGGGGGCCGGAAGCAACAGCAGCAGCAACAGCAACAUUAAGGGGGCCGGAAGCAACAGCAGCAGCAACAGCAACAUUAAGGGGGCCGGAAGCAACAGCAGCAGCAACAUCGCUCAACACACCGUAGUGUAUGAUGCAACAGGCAACGCCUGGCGAAGCAGCGCCUCUUCCUGUAAAGAACCUUCAAGCGAACCGCCGCCGGAACUGAUCUGUUUUAAGGAAAACGUCAACAGAACCGAUCUAUUUCAAGGGAACCAUCAACAGAACCGAUCUAUUUCAAGGGAAACGUCAACAGAACUGAUCUAUUUUAAAGGAAACGUCAACAGAACCGAUCUAUUUCAAGGAAAACGUCAACAGAACUGA